AUGGAUGCACUCAGAGCACCUGAAAAUCAGUCGCUGUUGUCCAGUUCCUCCGGUCCUGCCAGAUGGGAUCCCUUCCGUCAUCCCUUGCACUCCAUCCAGCCCUGGCACUUCAGCCUUCUGGCAGCAGUAAUGUUGGUGGUGACCUCCCUGUCACUUGCUGAGAACCUGGCUGUAAUCCUGGUAACUUCUAAGUUCAAGCAAUUGAGACAACCUGUCAAUUAUGUUAUAGUCAAUUUGUCUGUGGCUGAUUUCCUGGUCUCCCUGACUGGUGGCACCAUCAGCUUUUUAACAAAUCUAAAAGGUUAUUUUUAUAUGGGAUACUGGGCUUGUGUACUGGAAGGAUUUGCUGUCACAUUUUUUGGCAUUGUUGCUCUCUGGUCUCUUGCUCUGUUGGCUUUUGAGCGGUACAUUGUGAUCUGUCGCCCAUUGGGAAAUAUGCGCUUGAGGGGGAAGCAUGCAGCCCUAGGUAUUGCCUUUGUGUGGACCUUUUCCUUCAUUUGGACCAUUCCACCAACACUGGGUUGGAGCAGUUACACCACCAGUAAGAUUGGAACUACUUGUGAGCCUAACUGGUACUCGGGAGCUUAUACUGACCAUACAUACAUUAUUGCAUUCUUCACCACCUGUUUUAUAGUGCCUUUAUUGGUGAUUUUGGUAUCCUAUGGAAAACUGAUGUGGAAGCUAAGAAAGGUGUCAGAUACGCAAGGCAGGCUGGGAAGUACCAGGAAACCUGAAAGACAAGUGACUAGAAUGGUUGUUGUUAUGAUCAUUGCCUUUCUAAUCUGCUGGACGCCAUACGCCGCCUUUUCUAUCCUAGUCACUGCAUGCCCCUCCAUUGAGCUGGAUCCUUGUCUGGCAGCAGUUCCAGCUUUCUUUUCCAAAACAGCCACUGUUUAUAAUCCAAUAAUUUAUGUCUUUAUGAACAAACAGUUCAGGAAGUGUCUGAUUCAAAUGUUCAGCUGCAGUGCCAUAGAAACUGCAGAGUCCAGCAUGAACCCGACUUCAGAGCGAGCAAUGAUAACCCAGGACAAAAGAGGCAGUGAGAUGUCCACCAUGGCAGUAUGUAGCACCAUUUCUAAGAGGAAAACCGGAGAUGAACACAGAAAUUGCCGAUCUUUUGCUGAGUUGGCAGCUUCAGAAAACAAAAUCUGUCCCAUGUAGGGUGGGAGAUAAUUAAUGCAGUGCUACAGCAUAUUUCCUUGUUACCAUCACUUAAUACAAUAAUGUUGUCAGUGGGGACAUUAUGCUCCUGUGGACACCGGCUUUUGAGAUUCCAGGCUCCUGAGUGCAUGUAAGAGUUUCUUGGCUCUGCAGUUGCAGCCAAACACCCAGCCAUAAGGUGAGUCCCUUCCUCCACUGCAUUCCUCUUCCCAAUCCACAGCCUGCUUGCUCCUGAAAAUAACAUCAGGGGAAUCCAAUGUUGCUAUGCUGGCAUGUAACACAGUAAGGAUAGGAGAGUUUUACGCUGAUGAUGGCUCCUUGGUCAGCUGGACAAAAACAUGAAGUGGCACAUGGCUUCUAUAUGCUAAUGGACAAAUAAAUAAUAUAUAGCACACAGCUGACUCAAUUUCAGCCAGUGGAGGUUCAGGGAGGAACAGGUCUGAGGGUUUUUUUUGUUUGUUUGAGUAUUUUCCCUAAAAAAGCAGAGAAAGCCAGAGGCUUCUGCACUUAUGCCUGUCCUUGAUGAGAAUCUCAUCUGGGCCACUAAAGUCUCCAGCAGCUUGGACAAGGCAUCCAGACUCCCAAGCACUAUUUUAUUAAAACAGGCCCUAUCAAGAGCUGUUCAUAUCCUCUCUCUGCCUUCCCUCUUUGUCAAGAAAAAUCUUCUGUGCUCGUGGCAACUUUUGAAGUACAUUAAUUUGGACUAGAUGAACGUUGUAGGUCCCUUCCAGCUGAACUAUUCUAUUAACUCAACUUUAGAAGAGGAGUUAGUGGGGUAAAGGAAAGUACAGCUGUGCAGGAAUGCUGGAGAAAGGGCCAGUUAGAGUUGUGAAGCUGAGCUUUGUGGGAGAGAAGUUUUUCCCUGUAUGUGCCUGCACUGUGCAGAGCUAAGAUCUGUCAUGUUCUUGAGACUAUGUAGCUCCAAGUGACUAUUAUUUCUGUUGCUUAACAAUUACGAUUUUCAGAAAUCAGUGGUUAGAGAAUACAAAUAUUAUGUAGGUUCUGGGCCACAUUACAUUGGAGCAUGUUGGAUGUCUGUAUUUCCAUUUGCACAUUUUUACUUUUCUCACUUCUGAGCUAGGGCAUGCCUCUUCAGAAAGCAUAAACAACUUCCUAGCCCAGUAGGCAACUUGCAGCAGCCAGUGGCACCACACUGCUGGUCUCCUUUGAGGAGCAGUUGUGUCUCUGUCCCUUCAGUCCUUAAGUUCCUGUUUCUCCCUAAGUCACAUUCUCACUACUUUUAAUUGAGCUACUGAUCCUGGCAUAAAUCAUUAACUUGUUAUUACACCUUUGAUAUCAGAAGCAAGGAGUGCAACAUAAAACACACUCUGUAAACAGUCAAAAAGAACAGAAAUUGCCAGCAUUCCAUGGCUGUAUUCCAUCUCAUACAUUUAAUUCACACAAUGACGUGCAGCAAUAUACUUAGCUUUAGUGGAAUGUCACUUAGGCACAUGCAAAACCAAACUAGGCCAUCAGUGUAAUAAAGACAGACUUCUGUUUUAAACAGACUUUGAUGAACAUUCUAUGAAAUGUCGUUAAGACCUGGCAUAUCAGAUUUUGAAUCCUAUACAAGUUCUAUACUUAAUUGAAUGCAUUUUAGAAGAAAAGGCAACAGCUGACUAUAUUUAAAUGCUUUAGUAUGGAAAACCAUUAUUUCUAGAUAAGACAUUAAUACAGUGCCAGUUGAAACAAAUGUUGCUCCAUAGUGGUAUAGAGAAGCAACACUAGCUACAUACUGUACAGGCCUUAGCAAUAGAAAUGUGAUACAGA